AUGCCGGGCAGCAUGGUAGCCACGCUGUCGUUGGCAGGCCGAGAAAGGAGGAUAGAACGAAGCGGAAGCGCGACCGUGCGCUGCAGCAGCAACGUCUGCGGCAGGAGCAGGCGGGUGGUGCUGCCCCCGCCGACUCGCGUCCGAACCGUCACCUGGGACAGGUGCCUUCCUCGCUUUCUGGUGUUGUUGGAGUCGGCGGUAGUGAUGGGCUGGCGUCGGUGGUGCCCAAGGCCCGUCGGAGAGCUCGUGAAGGGGGUUGCGUGGCCCCCAGGCUUGACCAGGAUUACCUUCGGUGACGGGUUCAACCAGUCGCUGUCGCUGGUGCGCUGGCCGCCAGGCCUCGAGGAGGUUAACUUCGGCAGGCAAACUACAGCUAGCGGUCUGUACCAGAUAUGUGCUAGAAACAUUUGUCUACCUGUGCUCUAUUGGAUGGGGCAUGUGUUUCCAGGUGUGGUUUUCCCGAAAGGGCUAAGACUUCUAUCCUUCGGGAUGCAUUUCAACAAGAGCGUCGAGGGGGCGAGCUGGCCAGAUGGCCUCAGAGAGAUAUCGUUCGGUUGCGCCUUCAACUCGCCGAUCGACCAGGUCGCUUGGCCGACCGACCUGCAGCGGCUCUCUUUCGGACACAGCUUCGAUCGCCCGGUGCACCAGGCCUCGUGGCCCCGCCGACUACAGAGGCUCGCCUUCGGGAACGACUUCAACAGGCCGGUCUCGGGGGUGUCUUGGCCUGAGGGUCUGGAAGAACUGGAGGUGAAGUCGACGGAGUGGCCCGCCGGGCUGAAGAAACUGUCCUUCGGGAAGAACUUUAACCAAGCCGUAGGGGCGACGGCGGCCGAUGCUCCAACCGGCAACGGUUCCGCCGCACCCAACGGUUCCGUCGCACCCAAUGGUCCCGCCGCAUCCAACGGUUCCGCCGCACCCAAUGGUUCCGCCGCACCCGGAAUCCUGCCACGCGGGUUGGAGGAGCUACGGUUCGGGAGGAGGUUCAACCAGCCUAUCAACAACAUCGUGUGGCCGCGGUCUCUGCAGAGCCUCGUUUUCGGGUCGGACUUCAACCAGCCGGUGGACGAAGUUAAAUGGCCGCAGGGGCUAAAGCAGCUUCGCCUCGGCGAGGAGUUCAACCAGCCCGUGGAGGCGGUGGCAUGGCCUCCGGGUAUGGAAAGUCUCGUCUUCGUCUUCUACUUCAACCAGUCCGUGGACAGAGUGGUGUGGCCGGCAAGGCUCCGACACUUGUCUCUGGGUUUCCACUUCAAUAUGCCGGUGGCCGGGGUACGGUGGCCGGACGGGCUCCGAACCCUAGCCUUUGGCGACCGCUUCAAUCAGGCGAUAGACGAAGUGGUGUGGCCGGACCGGUUGGAGAGGAUGUCGUUCGGCUCCGCGUUCAACCAGCCGGUGCACCUGACAGCCUGGCCGAGGGCGCUCAAGGAGCUCGUGUUCGGCCGCAGCUUCAAAAAGGCUCUCGAAGGGGUCGAAUGGCCGUCGGGGCUUCGAAAGCUGUCGUUCGGCGCGGACUUCAACCAGGAGGUGGAGGCGGUGCGGUGGCCAAGGAUGCUGGAGGAAGUGGUCUUCGGGAACGCCUUCGACCGAGAAAUCGAGAGGGCGGUGUUUCCCAUGGGUCUCAGGAAGAUGGUUUUCGGAACCCGGUUUAACCGUACCGUGGAACGGGUCGUGUGGCCGGUUGGGCUCGAAGAGCUGACCUUCGGAAAGUCCUUCAACCAGCCCGUCGAGCCGACAACCUGGCCGCCGUGCCUGAGAAGCCUCCGCUUCGGCCGCAACUUCGACCAGGCCCUGGAAGGCGUUUCGUGGCCAGGGUCGCUCCGCGUUGUCUCCCUGGGGUGGGAGUUCAAGCACCCCCUGGGAGGCGUGAAGUGGCCGGGCACGCUCGAGGAGCUGUCUCUGGUGUGCCGGGUGCUCCCACUUCUCCGGAGAACCCCCUUGUCCCCGAGGCUGAUCAAGCUUCACUUCCAGGGAGGCUUUCCGACGGGUUUCCUAGACAAUGCGGCGUUUCCCGCUUCAUUGAAGGAGCUGACCCUCGGUGACGGUUUCAACGAGGGGCUUCAGGGGGUGCGCUGGCCGGUAGGGCUUGAGAAGCUCAAGCUCGGACGCAGCUACAGGCAGCCUGUGGACACCGUUGUGUGGCCUCAGGGCAUCGAACAGCUUGUCUUCGGACAGUUCUUCUUCAGCAACCACGUCCCCCUGCAAAGCGUCGCGUGGCCCCGGGGGUGCGAGGUCCGAGCCGCGGGCUCCACAAUGAGCCGCUCGCGAACCGGAAUGCUGUGAGGGCUUGGAACAGCAGAGUUGAUGGCUGGUUGAGACGCACGUGCCUGGGAUGUUUGAAAAGCAAGCAGUUCGUUUUUGAUUGAGAGCCGAUCGUAAACGACUGACUACUGCUCGUGAACCGGCUUGCUAUCGCGGUUGAGGCAGCAGAGCUGACGGCUGGUCGGGAGUCAUUCGUAAUCAGGCACUGGGUGUGUUGUUGAGACAAAUCAGGUCAUUGCUGAUGAAGAGCUGUUCGUAAACGAUUGGCGGUUUUCGAACCUGCAUGUAGGGUUUAGACAGCAGAGUUGACGGCCUGUUGGGUGUCAUUCGUUUCCAGGCACUGGGUGUGUUUUGAGAGAAAUCAGUUCGUUGCUGAUUGAGAGCCGAUCGUAAACGACUGACUACCGUUCGUGAACUGGCAUGCUGUAGGGGUCGAGACAGCAGCGUUGACGGCCUGUCGGGGAGUCAUUCGCAUUGAGGCACUGGGUGUGCUUUGAGAGAAAGCAGUUCGUUUCUGAUUUGCGUUCGAAUACGAUUGACUUCCGUUCGUGAACCGGCAUGCUGUCCGACAUGCUGUAGCUGUUGAGACAGCAGAGUUUAUGGCUGGUUGGGAGUAAUUCGUAAUCAGGCACUGGGUGUGUUUGAAGAGGAGCAGUUCCUUCCUGACUGCGAGUCGUUCGAAGACGAUUGACUACUGUUCGUGAACAGGCAUUGAGUAUCUUUGAGGCGUUGAGGCAGCUGCUGAUGGCUGAUUGAAAGACGUCCGUGAACAGGCGUUUGGUGCGUUGUUGGAGUUUGAAACAUCAGCCCAUGUCAUUUGUCUUAAUGGCUUGACGCUUGAUUUACGUUCGUGAACGCCUGCGUAGUGUCGUUUAGGGGAUGAGACAAUUCUUGAUGGCUGAUUAAGCGCCGUUCGUGAACAGACGCUGGCCAACUUGUGGAGCUUGAAGCAUUAGCCGAUGGCAAGUUGAUCAGACGGACGAUGUCUUCUGGGAUUGACUGCCCCUUCAGACACCUGCGUAGUGUCAUUGCAGGGUAGAGACAGACAUUGAUUUCUGAUUGAGAGCCGUCCGUGAGUGUGCGGUGUCUUUCAGAGUUGGAAACAUCAGUCGAUGGCUGUCUGAUGAGAUGGUCGAUGUCUUCUGGGACUUAAACGGUCGAUUGACUGCCCCUUCGUGAACACCCGCCUACAGUGUCAUUGAGGGGUAGAGACAGGCGUUGAUGACCGAAUGAGAGCCGUCUGUGAAUGUAUGGUGUCUUUUCAAAUUUGGACACUUGAGCCGAUGUCGGUGUGAUGAGAUGGUCGAUGUCCUUAAUACCGAUGGAGACGGUCGAUGGUUGGUUGGUGAGACGGUUUACGACUGAGCGGACGCUCCUUGGUCCAUUGACUACCGCUCGUGAACAACUGGAGGUGUCUUGUAUGAGGCGUUCUGACGACCGAUGACUGAAUGAACAGCGUUCUUCAGCAUUCGCUUGGUGUCCACGUAGGGGUGGAGAUGGCGGCUGAAUAUGAAUCGCUCAUGAACAACGUUUUGGGGUCGAGGCAGUAGUCGAGGGCUGACGGAGGACCAUUCGUGAUAAAAACUGCGAAGUCUUCGAUGAGUUGAGGCAGCAAUCGAUGGCUGAUUAAGAGACUUCGCGAAAAAUAUGUUUCUAGGUGUUCGUUUCUAAAGUUUAUACAGCAGUCGAUUGCGGCGCAAGCCAGCACAAUAGUCCUAGGAACACCGCCGUUUCCCUUUGAGAGAGAUUUCGUGUUGU